AUGGAGGAGGGAAGAAUCGGAGGGGACGAAGUUGGAGAAGAAACCAAAAAGUUGUCGGAAGUAGUGAAAGAAUGUGUUUCGCGGUGGUACAAAGAGACGCUCAAGGAAGCACAAGACGGGGAUAUCAAAAUGCAGGCCCUGGUGAGUCAGAUGUAUUUCAAUGGCUAUGACCUUCUUAGUGUUAGUGGAAUGGUUGCAGGGGAAGUGUUCCUUCAGUUCAGGCUGUUAGUGAAAAACACCCAGGCUACGGUGCUAGUGACUCGGAUUCGCGAUGAAUUUAGAGUAGUUGAUUGUACACAGCUUGGUUGA